GCGAUUCCAUUGGAUUUGAAAUCGUACACGCCACCAGAACGGACGACUGUACUGCCGUCCAAACUGUCUUAAAGAAGAACGAACGAUCGAAGAACGCUGAUCGUUCUCCGUCGUCUCUGUAAACUCCGAUCCGGUUUUUGAUUUUUACAGAUUCAGCGAAGAUGAUGCACAUGACCUUCUACUGGAGUCGCUACGUCACUAUUCUGAUCGAUUCGUGGCGCACCAGUACAUGGCUCGGUUACUUCCUCUCGCUCCUCGCCUGUCUAAUCGUCGGAAUCUUCUACCAGUACCUGGAGGACCUCCGCGUGCGGCUCAAGCUCCUCGCGGCAUCCGCCUCCAAGAAGUCGUCCUCGGCGGAUGCGUUGCAGAUCCAAGUUCCGCUGCUCAGAUCCAGUGUCGCCGCCGGGAAAUUAUCGGCGGCGAGGGUUGCCGGAGCAGCGUUAUUUGGUGUGAAUUCGGCGAUCGGGUACAUGUUGAUGCUGGCGGUGAUGUCGUUCAACGGAGGGGUAUUAGUGGCGGUGUGUUUGGGGUUGGCGAUUGGGUAUUUGGUGUUUAGGAGUGGCGAUGAGGAGGCGAUUGUUCUUGAGGAUAAUGCUUGUGCUUGUGCUUAGAAGAUACUACUUAUUAGGGUGAAUCAUCUCUCUGGUUGUUGUUGUAUUUGUAUGUGUAAAAUCUGUUUUCCUGCUAAAACCAUAAAGAAAGUAGAAACUGCUACUUCUGGUCAUUGCAGAAUUGUGCGAUUAAUUCCAAUUGUUUGAAGAUUCUCUCAUAGGAAUUGAAUUGAAGGGUUGUUGAUCAUUUGUCUA